CUGGGUGUUAAUGGUACAGGAUUGGGUGCCAUUGUACGCAGUGCAGGCUGUCUGUUAGUUAAACUGAGGGAUGCCUGUGGAAAUAAUGUAGGAGAAGGUGAAGACAUGAGACUAGGCAAUAGACUAAAAUCCAUCUUUAAAGCAAGUAUUUGCUUAUUAGCAUCUUUUAAAUGUGCGUUGUAAAAAAAAAGAAAAUAUUAAUUUUUUAAGAGCUAAGUAUUGGAAAGAGUGUAGAAGAGUAGAAAGCUGACUAUUUAAAAAAAAAAAGUCAAGGACCAGAAAUCAGGGAGAAAGGUAGGUAGGAAGGAAGGAAGGAAGGAAGGAAGGAAGGAAGGAAGGAAGGAAGGAAGGAAGGAAGGAAGGAAGGAAGGAAGACAAGCAGGCAGGCACGCUAUCUUCACCUUUCACUCUACAGAUUUAUUGACAAGACCCGGCAAUGGAAACGUGGUCAGUUGAUCAGGUCUGCACGUGGUUGGUGGAGAAAAACUUAGGUGAGCUAGUCCCCAGGUUUCAAGAGGAAGAAGUCAGCGGAGCCGCACUCCUGGCACUUAAUGAUCGGAUGAUACAGCAACUGGUAAAGAAAAUUGGACACCAGGCUGUUCUGAUGGACUUCAUUAAAAAAUACAAGCAGAGCAAUCAAUGGCUGAAGCCCACUGGAGGCCCCAGAGAGACAUCCCUGUUGACCCUGGCACAAGCUGCCCCCGAGCAUGAAGAGAACUCCAGUCUCACCAGCUAUGGAGACCAGACAUCUUUGCAUCCAGCUGAAAACCUUGAUAAUGGACUCAUUGACCAAAGAGUAUUGAAGCAGAGAAGAAAUGUAAAGCACGUUCUAGCAAGGCAUAAAGCAUUACAAUGGACUAAGUCCUAUGUCCUACCGGAGUUUCCCUAUGAUGUCAAGUGCAUGCUGGCGGAGCAGAGGUGCCCUGAUCACAGCAUGAGGAUAAGGAUCAUCGAGUUUCUCCAGGCAGAUAUGACAAAGUACCUGGAAGGCUCGCUGUACCCCACCACCCAGCAGUACAAUGAUGUGAUCAAUGCCCUGCUGCAGGCCCACCCUUUCCUGGAUGAGGACGGCUGUGGCUUUUUUUUAUGGAAACGAGCCCUCAAAGAUCGCUUUAAAUAUGUUCGAAGACCCAUAGAAGACGAUGAACAAGUAAUGAGAAAUAAGUGUAAAUUUGGACACCGAAGGGGCCAGACAAGGAAGUCUCUUGCUGACCUAGGAUCUGACGAAAUUAAAAUUGUGCAGAUAAAAGAAGAAUCUGUUUGUUUAGAUCCAGAAGUGAACGAACAUAUUCACUGGUUCCAGCGAGAGUAUGGGAAAACAGACAAGGACUGAAGAGAAAUUAACAAGAGGCUGGGUUAGACUUUGGAAAAGAAGAUGACUGGCUGCCCAACACCUCUCAAGGACAUUCUUAAAAUGUUUCCUUUCCUGAAGUGCCCCAACCAGAUGUUCUGAGAAGUCCAACUUCUCACAAGAACAGAUAUUUAUAAGAAAACAAGGCGUAUUCUGGAAUUCUACUCAGAAAAUAUUCUGACUACCUUUUCAGAGGUGGACAAUUCAAUCAAUACUGCACUGCAAGAGGAGAUGAAACACUAUACAGAUGAAGGAGUGUUGAAGUAUAUGGAGAUGACCGCCACAUGUUUACUCUUCCCAGAUGUUUUUCGGGAUGAUCCCAGCCUUUUUGUCGUUGUGAAUGAGAAGGUACGCAGGAUGUGCACACGUCCAUUCCCUGUGUUGGAAGUUAAAAACCCUUUCCGUAUCAACGGCGGUGAGUUUUCUCUGUACUUGGACAGAGAGAAGCUCGCCAAGGAGGGUGACUGUGUCACAGCCCUGGCUGCCUUGGUGGCUGCCUUUCAUGUAUUUGGGAUUCAGCAUCCAAGAAGACUGUCCCAAACCUUUAACUUCCUGGAGACGUUGAUCUUGGAUGUGCAGAGUCCCUGUUUCCUGUCUUCGAAAGGAAAUGAAAUCCGAUCUCAAGCUUCCAUCACUUAAGAGUAACAAAAUUAACCUCUAGGGCAGCUGACGAUUCAUAAACAAUUGCAGAUUGAUUUAGGGUUGGUUGCCUGAGAGGCAGGGAUUGAAGAAGUCAUGUUGUCUCAAGUGUCCAUGAAUUUUUGAUGCCCCUGUCCUUCCCUUAGAUACUUAAGCUCUCUGUUAGGUUUGGUAAUAAAACACUGCUUAAAGGCUC